AAACAAAAAAAAUGACAAGUGUGUCCGUGGCAAAGCAACAACAAAGAAAAGCCACAGCGAACGUAAAUGAAGAAGACACAGCCGCAGCGGCUGCGGCGUCAGCGGCAUCGGCAGCAGCAGCAGGGGAGGAUUCUGAAUUGGAAAUGGAUAUAGACGAAGAUGAUGAUGAUGAUGAGGAUGAUGAAGAAGAGGAUCUGGUCCUACAGAUCGAUAGCGAAGAUGAGGCCGAAUUGGAGGCCCAGCGCAUACGUUUAGAUGAGGCCAAAGAAGCAGCCAAAGCACAGCAAAAGCAGCAGCAGCAGCAAAAGCAGCGGCAGCAACAACAGCAAACAAAGUCGCAGGUCAGUAACGGUAAAGAACAAGCCUCCAUUCACGCCGCCGCUGCUGUUGUCGCUACAGCCGCCAAACGUAAACCUCGUGGCCGUCCGCCCAUGCGCCGAAACUCUUCCAGUUCCACAUGCUCCACCUCCACAGUAACUUCCGAUUCAACAAUAUCCUCAACAUCAUCGACAAGCGCUGUAGCUGGACAAAUUUUGGCCGACGAAAAGUCACAUUGCUUGAUUUACAGUUGUGCCCGUUGCUCUGACCACUAUGAGGAUGGGUUCAAACUGUCGCAACAUUUCCAACGCGAACACUCUCCAUCGCCGGCCAAGAAAUCUCAGGGUAAAGGCAAGAAGAAGAUAGAUAAAUUGGAUUUGGAUGAAUCAUUGUCAGCUAGUGCUCAACGAGCCUGUGCCAAAUUGCUGGUCCAAGGGGAAUCCCUGCUCCACUUGUGCCUCUCCUGCAAUUCACAGUUUGUGGAACAGAAACAUUUGCGCCAGCAUCUUAACGAACAACAUGGUUACUUUAAGCUCUUGGUACCCAAGGAGGAGCCUGUAGAGCUGCCGCCAAUGGCCAUGGUGACCAUUCCCAGGACCAAUCCGGCACUGCAGCAACAGCAGGAGCUACAAUUGCCCAUUCCCGCAGCCCCAGAGACACCGCCACCCGAGCAGGAUGGCAAGGAUCAACAACAACAACAGCAGCCUAUUGAAGUAAUUGCCUCUAGCAAUGACAAAAACGAUCUCGGGAAGAUAGAUUCCACAGUGGCAGAGCCAAUUGAACGUCCAAUAAGUCCCAAGGUGAAUAAAAUGAUUAUCAAACUGCCCACAGCAAAUAAACGUGGUAGAAAACGUACCAGAAAGGAGGAAGAAGAACCCAAAGUAAAGAAAAAACGCGGACUGGAGGAAAAGUCGAAAGAUCAAAAAGAGCAGUCAGAAGAACAGUCAAAAAAACUGGCUAAGGAACAAGCAAAGGAUCAGGCCAAAGAAGAGGCCAAAGAACAGUUAAAAGAAAAGACAAAAGAACAGGCGAAGGAGCUGGCAAAAGAACCAUCAAAAGAACGGGAAGUAAAGCAAAACAAACGCAAACCGUCCGGAAAAAACAAGGAGCAGAUAAAAAAGACGGAAGUGGAGCUUCCGACUAAACAUAUGGAAAAGGAGUCAAGUGAGGAGCGCACAAAGAAGAAGCAGGAAGCUACUGAGCAGCGUGGAAAAGUCAAGAAACAGACAAAAAAGAAGGCACAACAGACGGUGGCGACUGAAAAACCAUUAGAAAAUCUCUUGCAGGAAGAUAAACUCGAUGAAAAGGUGGAAGAAGAGCAAAGGGAUCAGCAAUCAAAAGACGAUAACACCAGCGUAGUUAAACGAAAACGUACCAGAAAGACAUCCGCAGCUACGGUCACAGCCACAUCCUCAGAUGAGACCAAGGAAAUCAAAGAGGAAACAGAAGAGGAACCUGUGGAACAACGACGCAUGCGCAAAACUCGUCAGCCGGUUGAUUAUGUGGACAUCAAGGAUGAAGAAGACGAUGAUGAUGAUGAGCAGCAGGAAGACAACGAGGAUGACGAUGACGAAGACGCUGAUCCAGUUGUGUCCAAUAAUAGCUCUGCAACAGACAGCACCGCCAUAGUUAAACGUGAAUCUCCAGACGAAUUGUACCGCAAUGGCAGCCAUACCAUACACACAUGUAACUUUUGCGGCAAGACCUUUCAGCGUUUCUCCCGAUUGCAAGAUCACCUGCGUCUCCAUACAGGCGAGAAGCCCUAUGUUUGUGGUCAAUGUGGUAGAGCAUUUCGCUUGAAAAUGCGCCUGGCCGAGCAUCAGUUGCGCCAUCGUACCGAAAAGGCAUUCAAAUGUGAGAUAUGCUCGAUGCCUUUGGCCACCAAACAGGAUCUGUCGCUGCAUAUGCGCCAUCAUAAGAACGAUCGUCGGUACAAGUGCGAGAGAUGUGGCAAGGGAUUCGUACGCAGCUCUGAUUUGUCCAUUCAUGUGCGCAUUCAUACGGGUGAGAAACCAUUUGGUUGUGAUAUUUGUGGCAAGGCAUUUCGAGCUCGCCAAAAUCUCGUUGUGCAUCGUCGGACCCAUUUGGGCGACAAGCCCAUACAAUGUGAACUAUGCGACAAGCGAUUUGCCAGGAAGAUCGACAUGCGCGUCCAUAUGCGAAGACAUACUGGUGAAAAACCCUACAAUUGUGAGUUGUGCCAGCGUGGCUACUCCUCACGUGUCAAUCUUCAACGUCACCAGCAGAAGGAACACAAAUCUGGCUCCUCUGCCUCAACCAAAAAGCCAGUAGAUUCCGAAACCGAGCCGGCAGGAGCUAAAGCGACUGCCCCAGUCGAGGACGAGCCUCCUCCACGUCGGCCCCGACGUGAGAAACUCCAACAAAAGAUAGCAGCUCAGGAAAAGUUAUUGAGCGACCUCAAGCGCAGCUUAAAUACCUUGCCGGAAAUUGCCGAAGAAUCCACUGCAUCAUCAUCGCCAACAUCAGCGCCACGAGCUAGUAAAUUGGAUCUUCCGGAAUUACCAGCCGAUGCCGGAGCCGGAUGUGAUGGUGGUGGUGGUGGCCAAUCGACAAUUAGUCAAGUGUCGGUUACAGUUUCCAUGCAGAUGGCCAAUCCAAAAGCAGUUCAUGACGAUGACGACGAGGAAACCACACCUGAAAAGGAGAAUGCCUUGUUGUCCAGCAGUGUGCCUGCUGUCGAUAAGACCAAGGCCAAUCGUAAGAUCACAAGCUAUUUCACAGUUGUCGGUCAACAGGCAACGGAGUUAUAAAGAAAAGACUUUUUGUAUCAGGAUCAACAGACAACUCAUUCUUACUCAUUAGUCAUUUAAGUCAACAAUGUAACAUUUUGGGAAAACGAGCGAACAUACGAAGAAAAUGUCGAUUGUUUUUCCAAAACCAGAAAAAAAAAAAACAAUAACCUCGCUGUUUUCUACAUACUUGCAGCAGGGAUUUAGUAUUCAGUAUAUAAUAUAAAUAGAAAGGAGCAGGGGAUUGCAUUUUGAUUUAACUUUAAAGAAAAAAAGACUACUUUAUAAAAGAAAACAUGAUUAUAAGCACAAUUAUCUAAGGAAGAGACUGCAAAGAACUUUAUUUUUAUUUUUUUUUUGCAUACUUUAAUAACUAUAUAUAUAAACCAUAUUUUUGUAUCGAACAACACUUGAAGCAGAAGACAAAGCAUAUAAUUUUGUGAACAAUCUAAAAGUCCUCAGUUUAGAGAUAUUAAUUUAUACUAUGUAUCUAUUGUGUAGAUUUAAGAUUAAAUAUUGAAAAAUUAUCUGCAACUACUGCAGAAAUCUAAUGGAACAACAAUUCAAUAUCAUAUAUAAAGAUUUAUAAUUUUUUUUUAA